AACCCUCUAAUUCAUUAUUGUAAAGCACACCACUGUCUUGAUCGGCGUCAGUGUCAGUGCUGCCCCAGCACCGUGGAAUUUCACCGCAAACAUCAUGGUCAGGAUCAGCAACAUGGGAAUUGUCUCUUUAUGCAUAGUAUUGCUGCUGGGGUCAGAGAUCUGCAUAGCAGCAAGGCAAGAACUGAUAGUUACCUCCAUCAAGCAAGACCCCUACACAAUGAGCAAGGGCUUGCAGUUGGAAGGCUACUGUAUGGAUCUGCUCACUGAGCUGGCUAAGAAACUGGGUUUCAAAUACAAAGUUCACCUGGUGAAGGAUGGAGCGUAUGGCCGGCAAGAUGAAAGUGGAAACUGGAACGGAAUGAUCGGGGAGGUUGUUAGAGGGGAAGCUGAUCUCGCCGUGGCUCCCCUCACUCUCACUGCUGCCCGUGAGAAGGCAGUGGGAAUGACAAAACCUUACAUGCAGACGGGAAUCAGUAUCCUCCUCCGCAAAGAUAUCGUUUCUGAGGAGGCCGGGUUUUUUGACUUCCUCUCCCCUUUCUCUGGGGAGACCUGGUUCGGCGUCCUGAUUGCAUACUUUGUGACUGCAGUCUGCAUCUGCAUUGUGGGAAGGUUGAGUCCAUGUGAAUGGAGUCAGCCUGAGACAGAGCCAAAUCACUUCACUCUCCUCCACAGUUUGUGGUACGCUGCGGGAGCCCUAAGCCUGCAAGGUGCAGGCCCUCACCCUAAAGCUGUGUCAGGAAGGGUUAUCAGUUGUACCUGGUGGUUGUUUGCUGUGGUGCUCCUGGCCUGUUAUUUUUCCAGCCUCAGUUCCUCUCAGGGGUCUGACUCUGCACCGCUCAUGAUUAAAGGUUUUGAGGACUUGGCUAAUCAGGACGUAAUAGAAUAUGGAACACUUGCCGGCUCCUCCACUCUUGCCUUCUUUAAGAACUCAAAUAACCCAUCUUACCGUCGUAUCUAUGAGCACAUGGAACGGAGAAAGAGUUUUGUGUCCUCCAUGGAUGAGGGUGUCCAGAGAGCAAAGGAAGGAAACUAUGCUUUUAUUGGAGAAUCAGUGUCCUUGGACUUGGCUGUGGCACGCCAUUGUGACCUGGUCCGGGCGCAUGAGGUCAUCGGGAUGAGAGGUUACAGCAUUGUAACUCCUCUUGGAUCUCCAAUGCUGAAGAACCUGAGCGUGGCCAUCCUGCAGCUGAGUGAGGCUGGGGAGCUGGCGUACCUGCGCACUAAGUGGUGGGCCAGCAGCUGUAUACCGGAUAGUGCCAAAGGCUCGUCUCUGAGGGCCCAUAGCAUGAAGGGCAUCUUCCUGGUUCUGGCUAUAGGCCUUGGGAUUGGAGUGCUGCUCUCCUUGUUUGAACUCACCUCAAAGUCUCGCAGCACUGCAGGGGAGCAGAAGAAAUCCUGCUGUGCAGUUUUGACUCAGGAGCUGAGCCAGCGUUUGAGAAUGACCAACACAAAGGGAGACCAGGAAACCUCAGACAAAAACAAGGCAUAAAAUGCUCAAACACUGAUGUAAUAUGCAAGUCUUACAUUAUUAGGUUUGUACAUUAUCUGGUGCUAGGUAUUAUUACUAUUUCCCAAGUUAGAAAAUGAUAUUUUUUAACAUUUUAUAUUUUUAACUGAUUUAGAUAAGCUGUACUAAAACUGCAGAGAUUUUAAUACAUAAUCUUAUUUUUUUUCUUUUUACAUUUAAAUCAAGCUGCCUGUUUGUUCAAUGAUGCAAUGAGACACCUUUUCAUUUACAUCUUGCAGCAAAAUCUCAUGCAGUUGUUUAUAUUAGAUCAAUCUGGAAACAAUAUAGAAACAGAGAUUUUUAGACCAGCAUUACGAGU